AUGAAGGUUAGACAAGUAGUAAAAUUUAAUGAAAAAUUAAAAAUUGUUGGUGAUUUAUUAAAUACACCAGUGGAGGGACUUGAAAAUGAAAUCAGAAAUCUUAAUCCUUGGUUUUGUGAAAAUGAGUUAGUAACUCCGAUUAGUAUUGAUAUUAAUGGACUUGGACCAAUAUCAUUUCCUUUAGUAGAACAUCAAUUAAAUGAAUUAAUUAAAAAUGCUAAUGGAUUAAUAACCACAUCAAAUUCAAAAGAUUAUUUAAUUCCAAAUGAAUUUAUAAAAAUGGAGGAAUGGAACAAAACUUUAUCAAGCAUAUUCUUAUUUAUUAGAGAGAAAUUAGUUAUUAAUAAAGAUAAAGAAAUUGAUUUUAAAUUAUUAAAUAUUGUAAUUAGUAAUAAGGAUUCAAAUUCAUUAAAAUCAAUAAUACCAAAUAAUCAUCAAUUAGAUAAUAAGGGUAAAUUAUUUAUAGUAUUCCCAUCUAAAUCAAAUGGUGGUGAAAUAUUAAUUACAGAGGAAGAAAAAGAAGAAGAAGAAGAGGAGGAGGAAGAAAAAAUAGAGAGCAAAACAUCAACAUCAGUUGAAUCUACCACUACAACUACUUCCACUAAUAAAAGAAAAUUAUCAGAUGAAGCAACACCAACUACUAAAGCAACAAAACUAUCAACAGAAUCAUCGCCAUCAUCUAAAAAUGAAUUUAAACAAACUAAAUUCAAAUUCAAUGGAACAAUUGGUCCAAAAGUUUCAUUUGUAUGUUUCUUAUUAAAGUAUGGUCACUCCUUCCAAAUAAAACCAGUUGAAACAGGUUUAAGAUUAUAUUUAGAAUAUGAUUUUGCAUUAAAUGAUAAAAUAAACAUCAAUACUAAGACCAGAACCAAUACCAAUACCAAUACCAAUACCAAUACCAAUACCAACACCAAUACAAAUACAAAUAAAAAAGAAAUACAAAUUGAAACAAAAAAUAAUAUUCAAAAUUUAAAAGAAGAGAUUAACAAAUUAUUUUCAUCAAAAACAUAUGAUGGAGUUAAUAAUACAAUGUAUUAUAUAUUAAAUAAAAAAUAUGAUUUAAAUUCAUCAACUUUGUCAACAUUUUCAAAAAGUGAUGAAAAGGUUUUAAAUAAAUUGAAAAUAAUUGCAAAUAAAUUAAAUUUAUAUUUAUAUUAUACUUGGUUAAGAGUUGAAGAAAGUACAGUUGAAGCACCUAAAUAUUCCCUUGGUAAUGAAAGUGAACCAUUAUCAAUUGAUCUUGGAUAUAAAUUAAUCGAUUGCUUAGAAGGUGAUUUUAUUCCAACUUCCCAAAAAAUAAUAGGUUCAGUAAAACAGAGUGAAAUCAUCCCAUCCGAUCACUUUUCUGAUAUUUAUCCAUAUGAUACAGAUAAAGAAAAAGAUGAUUAUGGUUAUGUAGUUUACAAUGAAGAAUAUCAAAUCUCAUCUUUAAUAAUAUCAAAAAUUCCACUUUUAUUAAAAAAAGAUACAAUAAUUAUAGAUUAA